AUCAGUUUUCUUAUUAUACAUUUCUCCUCGUGCCGCCUUUUAAUGGUUCAAUGUUGACUCAGUGUGGGCUGUGGGCAAGGGUACACCCUUUGCUUUCCUAUAAAAGAAGGCAUGUCAUGCCAAACAGGAAAAUCAGGCUCCACCACAACUGCGAGGGUUGAAAAUUGUUGAGGGCCAUAAAAACAUACAGGGAGACAAAGUUACCAAAAAUGAUGGAAUGUCCAAAAUGUCAAAAAUACACAGUUUGUCCUCAUUUGAAUGUAUUUUUGUCUGACUUUCAGAGAAAUACUACCUUGCAUUUUAAUCUCUAGUUUCAAAUGAGUAUAUAUGUAUAUUAUUUCCAAGUUCAGGCUCCAAGGUUAUUGAUUUGUUUGCACGGAAAUUAGUUACAGUACCUUUGUGGACAAAACUGUAGUGCACACCAAGAAAUCAGGAUUUUAAGUUUCCAGCUGUUAUACUUUCACCAUCCAAUACACUUUUUCCACACACAGUGGCAGGAGUACAUCACAAACCUUCUAAGUGUCGACAAAUUAAUCCAUGAUGGAAGGGCAAUAGAUGCCAACCCCAUAACAGCACGUAAUUUACCCCAAGAUGAAAGGGGAUGUUCUGUGAUAACAGCCAGGGUAAUUUCUUAGAAUAUCAAUUAAAAGGAAUUUAUUCAACUAAAUUUUUUUUAAUAUCCAUUAACUGAAGCAAACACACAUUCUGCACAAAACCAUUAGCUCAGUAUUGUUGUUGCACAACAUACACACAAAGGAACCCACCAGACAAUCACACAUUAGCACUGGUAGACGUAAUACGCUGUUUGGAUUUUCCAGCUCCACUGGGAUGUGAUGGGUGUUGGUUUUCCUCCCCUAAAGAGCUGUAGAACGCAUUGUGUUGUUUUGAUUGUGGUCACCUUUUUCCUGGAUGUCUCUCUGACACCGUGCCAAAAUGGUAUGUACGCCCCCGCAACUGCAAUUAAUUUUUUCUUCUUUCGAGUGGAGCUAGCACAUUGUUUUUUUUUUUUGUUUUUUGUUUUUUUUUGUCAGGCAGUUGGAUUGUAACUUGAGUUGUAUUAAUUCGUCAUCUUUGGUGGUCUGGAAGAAGAAAAUAAUGUCUUUGGAUGUCCAAGAAAAGCUUCUGAGGGUCAAGAUAAAAAAAAAGAAAGCUAUGCAAAAACAGUGACAGCAGUUAUGAUUGGUGUAUAUUUUCCUUUUACCUGCUGCCAAAGGACUGAGAAGCCUUCGAAUAGAAGUCAUUCUGUUAUGUAUGUUUAUGACAUGGAAUUACUCUGACUCCCAGAAGAGGGAGACAAAUGUUCUUCCAUAUGUUUGAAUAUGAAAUAUAAAUUAACGAUCUCAAUGCGAGCGCACGCUGGGAAUGGUGUUGUACUGAUUGGAUGACGACCCUGUUAAUCAGUCAUGUCCUCUCUACCACUCUGCCUACCUACCUCAAUGAUCUACCUACCUACGUUUUGGAGACACACGCCCCCCUCUCAUAUCAUACAGGCGUUUUUUCGCCGUGAGCUAGAAAGGUGCCAAAUGUCAUUGCUUUUGCACAUGUGAAGAGAAACGGUAAACUGCAGAAUGCAAAAUGUGCAAAACAACGAUUUCAGAUUGCUUAUCAACAACGUCAAACUUUGUCCAGCAUUUUAAAAGCCAUUCUGCCUAGUAAGUGCUUGUAAAUUAGCUAAUAUUAGCUUGAUAUGAGCAUGGACACAGCAUUUUCAGUACUUAAAUUUGGUUUCAAUAAACUGACUGAUGUGAGCACGCUGUGCUUAUUUUUUACUGUAAAUGGAAUAGUGAAGCCUACACGGGAGCUGUGCAGUAGUGGUUACAGGUGCAGCUUGGGAGCCCAAGGGUCACGAUGACCAAGCACCUAACCCCCAUUUUGCUCCCUGGAGAUGGUUGGGAAACUGAGUUAGGUAAAUAUAGUUUUAAAACAAUAAAUAUGGUUAUAAAACAGAAUACAUUAAGAAUAAAUUUUGUAUAAAAAGUCAAAAAAAACAAAACAAACAAACAAACAAAAAAAAAAAACAUCUGCGCUGAUUCUACACAAGAGCAUAUUCAACCAACCAUGGAGGGAUUUGUGUUUGGUCUAGUAUAGUAUAGUAAAGUAUAGUAUAAGAAUAGUUUUAAAAUGUAUUUGUGGUUUGUGAUGUUUGAUUCCAUGUAUUUUACUCAAUGUAUCAGUAAUACAACAUCUUAUCUUUUAAACAGGUUGAAUAAAGGGGCCAAUAAUAUUAUUUCACAGUUACUAAUAUCUUAUAUUGUCUAUUUAGUAAGACCGUAUUCUGCAGACUGUAAUAAUGUGACGACUUGACAUGGACUUGACUAAAAACAGACAUGUUAUUCGCAGUAUCUGUUGCUAAGACUCCCCUGUUUGACAACGGCAUGUUUGUGCUGUGCACUCCCAGUGAUAAACCACCAUUAUUUAGACUCCAUUAAAUCAUUAUCUUUUCACACAGAAGACAAAGGACUAGACAUCUGCCUAGAACCUGUGUUGACACAGUUGAAAGGUUCCAAUAGAGUGACUACUUUUGAGCCCACCCCCAUUUUGCUACCCCUUCAAACCGUGCUAAAGUGCCACAGCUUUCCCAGCGACCUCAAACCCGGCAGGUGAGGCGUUAUGGAGAAUACCACAAGAGCUGAGCUUGUCUGCAACCACACAGAUGCAUGGGACUGGGUGUACACCAUGCAGCCUGCUUACAUGUCCAUCAUCUGCCUUCUGGGAAUUAUUGGCAACUCCUUUGUGCUUUGCGUGUUCUGUCUCCAGAAGCGGCGCAGCUCUGUUGCCGACAUUUACCUGAGCAACCUGGCAGCUGCCGAUCUCCUCAUGGUUUCCUGUCUGCCAUUCUGGGUAGCAACCAUUAUCAACAAGUUCCACUGGAAAUUUGGGGAAGUCAUGUGCCAGCUUAUCAACAUAGUCAUUGGGAUGAAUUAUUACUGCAGUGUGUUGUUUCUUACAGUUGUGAGUGUGGACAGAUACCUGGCCCUCACAAGACCCCUCUCCCAAGGCAGACAGAGGCAGGCCCUGUGGGCACGCGGGAUUUGCUGCAGUAUCUGGAUUGCAGGGAUCUUGCUUAGCUUCCCUGCUGUCCUCUUCCGCUCCGUGGAGUUCUUCCCUCAUCUGGGCAUCGACGCUUGCUACGUAGCAUACCCCCACGAAGGCUGGAGACUGCGCUACAACAUGACUGUAACCAUAGUGGGCUUCCUCAUCCCUGUGCCUGUUGUGUCAUUUUGUAGUUACCACAUCACCAAAGCCAUUCGAAGGAGUCAGAGGAUGAGAAAAGGCAGCAGAGGGAGUGUGGAGAAGAAGGCAGCACAUCUGGUCCUUGUUGUUCUAGCUGUGUUCAUAUUGUGCUGGCUUCCCUACCAGAUUCUAAUCUUCCUGGACACUUUGGAUCACUAUGAAGUCAUCACUGGAUGUACUUGGGCAUAUGUGUUGGACAUUGGCAACCAGUUAGCCACUUACCUUGGUUACAGUAACAGCUCAUUGAAUCCUUUUCUGUAUGUAGUUGUUGGAAAGCACUUCAAGCAAAGGGCAAGGGAAGUGUUGGGAGUCUUAAUGUGCCAGAGGAAACAACAGUGGAAGAAGCCUGGUCUUUCAAAUGCUAAUAACUCAUCGAAACAAACAGAGACUUCUAAAAUGUAGAUCUAUCUGUACAUGAGUAGCAGUAACUGUGUCUACCAAAAAAUAGGUAUGAAAGGAGUUUCGUUUUACGAAAUUUAACCGUGAUCCUUUCAACAUCUUGCCACUUAAAAAAAAUGUUCAGUUAUUUGGAAAUUAUGUUUAAGUUCCUCUAUGUGCAUUUGUGUUGAAAUUUGGUUUAAUUUGGCCUGGCACAGGAAUGAAAAACAUUUCAAAACAGCCCGGCCUCUUAUGAAGUUCACUUAUCAUGUUGCAACUUGUGUGUUCAUUCCACACCAAAACCACAUGCUUCCGUCUUCCAAAACUGAACAAAUAAGAUCUGACAUGUUAAGUGGGGUUAACUGAGUUUGUUACAGUUGGACAGCAGUUACAUCAAUACAUUAUUAGACAGAUAAAUUACAGUCGAACUUGUUUAGGAAUUACUACAUGAGAGUGUAGGCAAGAAAGACAGAAAAUAAAUUUUUUUAAAUUUUAGGGUUAUAAAAAAACAUUUUGUAAAGAUAAGUUAGGGUUUUAGUGUCGUCAAUAAAGUUGCGUCUGACUAUCAGAAGUAUGUUGUAUUUCUGUUUUGAUAAGGGUUGUUUAUGUUGGCUCAUAAUGAGCCAGCUUUUUUCCCAGAUGGUUUCAAUAAACUGACUGAUGUGAGCACGCUGUGCUUAUUUUUUUACCUUAAAUGGAAUAGUGAAGCCUAGACAGGGGCUGUGCAGUGGUGGUUAGAGGUGCAGCUUGGGAGCCCAAGGGUCACAAUGACCAAGCACCUAACCCCCAUUUUGCUCCCUGGAGAUGGCGUACUUG